UGAACUAAAGUGAGGAAAAGCGCGCCCCCGAGCGUACACAAACUCCGUGUGCUUGCUUCACAGUUGUCAUCUUGAUCAUGUCACGGAAAAUACAGACGCUAUGCGAUGCAUUGUUUCUCACCGACGACGAUGAAGAAACCUUGAGCGAGAUUUCAUCCGUGCAUGGGCAUUAACAAGACAAAUUUUGUUCUGAUUUUGAAGGAAGCGAGCUUUUGGGUUCCGGUGACGGAACUGCGUUUUGGCUGUCAGGAAACUCACUGCGCUGAAAAAUUAUUCUAGCAUCUGCUGCUUAUCAUCAACAACAUCACGCACGCCUGGACUAAUGUCGCCUCGAGAGCUCCUCUUCUUCUUAACAUCACCAAAUCCGCUCGUGCGGCCGUCUGCGAGCGCAUUUCUCGCACUUUCUACGAGUUUUAACUUUCGCUGAGUUUAGCCGUCAUCAACGGAAAGAGGAAUUUGUUGAAGUCAGGCGCACGCUCUUUUUGUGCAGAUCCUCGACAGUGCGAUUCUUGUGCAGUUAUUCUCGAACUACGUUGGUCGCUUUUACCUCGGUGAAGUGCAUACAUGAAGGCUGCUUUCACAGUCACAUGCCUUCAUUCAUAAUCAUUUGCCGCACAAUAAUGCGGAGACUGUCCAUGCAUCGAGCUGAGGGCUCGUUUUCGUGUUUCUCUGGCUUUAAAGAGUUGUUACGCACACGAUCCACUGACACAGACGGACUGUUACCGAUUCGCCUUUUAAUAGAAAAGUGAAAACUGUAGGUCUGUGUAGUGAGCUGGACGGACACAUCGACGGAGAGGGAAAAUAUGCAAACCUAGCAGGAAAAGAAGCCAUCAAAAUUACGGAAAUCCCUUCUUUUCCUCCGGUCGAAUGCAUUCCGUGUAAGCAGCUCGCUUAUGUCUGCACCAUUUGUGUGCUUUUUUAUACAUCUACACCUUGUUGGACGUGAAGUUUAUUCCGAUUUUUUUUAAACUCUCCAUGCAAUAGUUAUUAUGCUGUCCACACAAAGCUAUGCACAUAGUGACGAAACGUCAAUAUCUUCGUAGUCACUACUUUUAUCGGCAUAAACUGGGAAUAACGUUUUGUGUGUCUAAGAGGUCUCUUCCCUUGACUGGUCUGAGGAACAAGUUUGGUGGGUGAUAUGGGAGACCCUCAGGGGGCUCUAUAGCAAUGGCAGCGGCCUGGAUCUCUGUGGAGGGGAACAUUACAUUAACUCUUACGUUUGUCUUCACGAUAUACAUCGAGUUCCUGAAGACCGGGCAGAAAGUGACUCUGUGAAGAGCCCUCUUUCACCUGCAUUAAGUUCAGGCCAUUGAUGGGUGCCACUAGAGGACAGUGUGUGUGAGGACCUUCAAAUCUGAACUCUCAUCAAGAGCACACACAUUCAUACCGCCAAAAUGAAUGAGAGACAGGCUCUUCAUUCAAUUAUGAAGGAUCUGGUGGCCCUGCAGAUGACCAGGCGCCAGUCAGCGUCAACUCAUGACACGGCAAAACCUAAACCGGUCAGCACUGCCUGCUCUUCCAAAAGAAUGGAGGAUGUCAGGAUUAAGUUCGAGUUCUGUGGUGAAAGAAGGAUUCUGAUGUUUGGGCGGCCUGUGCAGUUUGAGGAAGUCCAGCAGAAAGUCAAAACAUUCUUCGGUCAGCAGUUAGACCUGCAUUACAUGAAUAAUGAGCUGUCCAUUCCCCUGCGUGAUCAGGAUGACUUGGAUAAAGCCAUCGAUCUGUUGGGCCGCAGCUCAAACACGAAGAGCAUCAAGAUCAUGCUGCUGACACAGGAACAAAGCAAUGCCUCUUCUCCUUCUCAUCACACAUUGUGUAAGCAGGUUCGGAUAAAACCUUCUCAGUCCACCGGUGAUGUCAGUACUGCGUACCAGUCCUCAGAAACAAGAGGACCCCACCACUCCACCAGCUCUCAGAACACUGGCCGAAGUUCUCCGCCCCCUGGUUACGUUCCUGAGUGCCAACAGCGAAUCGCACGUCAGGGAUCGUACACCAGUAUCAACAGCGAGGGCGAGUUCAUACCUGAAACCAGCGACCAGUGUGUGCUGGAUUCUUGGAGCAGUGCAGAAAACUCUGUGUCUGGCAGCUGCCAGUCAUUGGACAGCAACUCUGACAGUCCCUCGGUCAGGAAGCCUCGUACACACAGGGUUAAGAGUUACCCUGACAAUCGACAGGACUGUGCAGACCGGGAAAACCAUGUUUAUGAUAAGGUUGUAGGGAAGGGAGGGACGUUCCCUCGCAGGUAUCAUGUGUCGCUGCAUCAUAAAGACCACAGUGAAGGUCGACGGACCUUUCCACGGAUCCGUCGUCACCAGGGAAACUUGUUCACGUUGGUGCCAUCACGGCGCUCACUGAACGGCAGUGAGGAGAGUUUGGGGAGCCGGCAGCUGGUCGAUACUCCAGCCAGACUCCGCCCACAGGAGCGCCCGGUCCCUCAUAAGUCCCCUACAGCUCCAGUGACGUGGCGCAGGGGGAAGUUGCUGGGUCAGGGUGCUUUUGGAAGGGUAUAUCUGUGCUAUGAUGUGGACACAGGCAGGGAACUUGCAGCCAAACAGGUUAAUUUUGACCCUGCCAGUCCAGAGACCAGCAAGGAGGUGAGCGCUUUAGAGUGUGAGAUACAGCUGUUGAAGAACCUGCAUCACGAGCGAAUCGUUCAGUACUACGGUUGCCUUCGAGACCAUAUUGAGAAGACCCUCACCAUUUUCAUGGAGUAUAUGCCCGGGGGUUCAGUCAAAGACCAGCUGAAGGCUUAUGGGGCUUUGACAGAGAAUGUGACACGCAAGUAUACCAGACAAAUUCUGGAGGGCAUGUCCUACUUGCACAGCAACAUGAUCGUCCACAGAGACAUCAAAGGUGCCAACAUCCUGCGAGAUUCAGCCGGCAACGUGAAGCUGGGAGAUUUUGGUGCCAGUAAGCGGCUUCAGACCAUCUGCAUGUCCAGCUCUGGGGUCCGUUCUGUUACUGGAACGCCGUACUGGAUGAGCCCAGAGGUCAUCAGUGGAGAGGGGUAUGGCCGGAAGGCAGACGUUUGGAGUCUAGGCUGCACUGUGGUGGAGAUGUUGACAGAAAAGCCCCCGUGGGCCGAAUUCGAGGCCAUGGCAGCCAUAUUUAAGAUUGCCACUCAGCCCACCAACCCCCAGCUGCCCUCUCACAUCUCCGAACACACUCGGGACUUCCUCCGCUGCAUCUUCCUGGAGGCCAAGUACCGGCCGAGUGCAGAGGAGCUGCUCAGACAUCCCUUCUCCCAGAUCGUCUGCUGAGGUUUCCAUCUAGCUUCCUCCACCAGUUAAAACACUCAUUUUUCUUGUUAAAGAGUCAUAAGAUCAGCUUCAAAGGCAAUCUGCAUUUCCACAGCAUGUGAUCUGCCAGCACCCAAUCUGGGCUGUUGCCAGGAUUAAGUGGAAAAACUGGUUUAUUCUCUAAUGGUUUGAAAUGUGAUGAUAUCUCUGGGACAGCAGGGGGAGCUACAGAACUUUCGGGGUGCACAGGCUCUUUAUUACAGAAAUCCACAGACUGAUGGUGUCCCAGGAUUAGCAGGUGCAACAAACAUGACACUGUUUGAGUCACUGAGCUGCUUCGAACCGGACUGUUUCUUACUACAACUGCCAAAUGUGCCUUCUAAAGCCAACAGGGUCAAUCUCACCGACCCCUAAACAAGUUUUUCAGACAUGAAGAAAACUUGUUCCUGCCUCAUACACACAUCAGUCUCGAAUGUUUUGCAUUUGUGAUUAAUCGUAUAUAUAUAUAUAUAUAUAUAUAUAUAUAUAUCUAUAUGUAUAUGUAUGUAUAGAUUAAUCUAGAAUUGCACUUCCUCGAUUUAUAAUUUGUAAGAACUGUUUUAGUCUGUUACAGAAUGCAGCUCAUAUUUUGGCUGAGGUCAGAUGGCGAGGGUCAAGGCAUGAGGUUAUAGUGUUAUAGUGGUUGAAGUUUAAUGCGUAGUUUUGUACCGCAGUAGUGCCUUAUAGUGUCCUGUAGAGAGCAGCAGUGCAGUACUUAAGAUGCAGCUAGUCAGUGGUAUUCCUCUAGCGAUGAUGAGAUGUUACAUUGGGAAUCUGGUAAGGGGUGCGUUAUCGGUUAUUUUGUGUGUGGUGAGAUAAUGAGAGUACAUUAGCUUGUAUAUUAGUUUUCUCUCCUGCCCUGCCAAAGAAGAUGUCUUUAGAAAGUGUUUUGCCUUUAAUGUCUUCUGGCAGAAUAGUGGACCAGAUGCACUUUUGAAUAUGAAUGUUGAAUAUACCAAAUUGUUCAUUUGUUACACAGAAUGUGAAGCUUUUUACACUUUUAUUUAUGUCCCAAUGGUUUAUGUCAGCCAUUUUUAUAUACGAGUAUAUAUGUAUGUGUAUAAAUCUAUUUUUAUAUAGUAACUCUGAACCGAGUUAUGCUUUUAGGAACAGAAGAUGAGUUAGAAACAAGAAUUGUAACAGCAGCUGGUUUUGCCGAGACUACAACAUGAUUUUCCAUGUGUUUAUUACUGGCUGGAAAUUGAGUUCUGGCGGUUUAUGACGCGCAUGAUCUGUGCAAGUCACAAGUCUCCCGUACUUGUGUUUUUAUGUGUUUAUUGUGUGUUUGUCUGUUUCUGUCUGCUUUUUCACCUGUGGAUAUCAGGGAGAAUCUCAGUGCAGACAGGACUUUGACGCAGGCUGUCACAGGAAGUGACCAGUGCCUUGAAUCAUUCUCAGAAAUGCAUGGACACACAGAUAUUCACAUUCACUGCCACUUAGGGAAGGACUUCAUAUUUGCCAUGUGUAUUCGGAUUGACAGUGUUGGAAGGGAAAAAUAAGAUGUGGAAAAGAGAGAUUUUGUUAUUAAGUUAAGAAAAUGAAAAUGGUAUUAAAGUUAAUGUACACUACUAUUCACAGUUUGGGGUCGGAGAGAUUUUUGUGAUAGAAAGAAUAUGUUUAUUUAGCAGGAUGCAUUAAUUGAUCAAAAGUGACUAAAGAUUAUUUGUAAUGUUACAAAAGAGUUUAUAUGUUUUCAGCAUAAAAAUAUUUUUGAUCAUCCAAACAAAUAAGCAAAUGAUUUCAGUAGGAUCAUGUGACACUAAAACCAAGUCAAUUCAUGUUUGCCAUUAUAUAGUAAUAAAAAACAGUUUUUGCUAUAUUUUUGAUCAAAUGCAGCCUUUAAAAAAACAUUUCACUAACCUCACUCACCCCAAUCUUCUGAAUGUUUGGAUCAUUCUGGAUUAAUUGGAAUGCAGGAAGUGUUAUUACACUGAAAGUACGUGAGACUAGGCAUGUUUCUGAGAAACUCAGAAAAGCGUGUGAAAAGGCAAGAUGCUUUCUUUGUAAAUGUAUCAUAGGGUAUUGUUCAAGUGAAAAAGGUAGGUGGAUGCCAGGGGCGAAUUCCCACUCAGCUGGACGACUUUGUUUAGCUCAGGGUUUGAUUGACAGGUGUCCGUCAUACGGGCACACCAACACUGACCGCAGGACCACUUGUCCUUCUUUUAUAUUGUUUUGAAAGUGUUUUGGCCUCUUCACGAACAGUUGAAUGAUCUCAAAUAGCUGCUAGCUUUUAUUUUGGCAGCUAAGAAUCAGUAUUGUACCAAAGAUUGAGAAAUGUUAAGUCUAGUUGAGAACCCUGGGAUAAGCAAAAGAAUACGAGCCAAUAGGUUAGAUACACAAUAUAUGAUUAUGUGUAUGUAUCUUGACAUGAGACUUGCAGUGCAAAGUCCAGUGUAUCAAAUAUUUUCAAAUAAAAACAAUAUGCACAAAACCA